AUGGCUUUCAGUUAUAAAGUAGUUGGAGUGUUAUGUGUGGUGCUUGCCGCGGCUACAGCCUUACCUGCAGAAGAUACCCGCACCUCACGAAAUGCCAUCAACACUGAGGGUGACCUAAUGAGCAGCAUUUACAAGGAUUGCUUGCAGUCAGAUUCGGUGUCCUGUGUGAAAUAUAAGAUCUUCAGCUUCUUUGACAAAGUUGUGGCCAAACGUAGCGCGUUCUCGUUAUCCGAUGGUGUCACCGUUGUUAAGACGCCAGGAGUCGAAACCGAUGGUGCUCCACGUUCCCUUAGUGGUGACGAGUCUAUCGAACAGCUGAUCCUAUCCCGCCUUCAGAACUUCCUGUCCACUCAUACCAUCAAAGUUGACUUAAAAGGAUCGGAUAUUGUGAAUGCCGUCACCUCGACCGGACGCGCUUUGGAGGAUGUCUCGGAAAAUCUCUUGGAAGAUGGUGAGGAUGGUGCCGGUGAAGCCCGUGGCAAGAAGAAGAAGGCAGCCAAGAUCUUGGGACCACUGAUGUUGGCCGUUGCUCUGAAGGCUGCUGCUCUGCUGCCACUUCUGUUAGGAGCGAUUGCAUUGAUUGCAGGCAAGGCUCUGCUGAUCGGUAAAAUUGCUCUGGUUCUGUCCGCCAUCAUUGGGCUUAAGAAAUUGCUGUCACAAGAAAAACAUGUCACUUAUGAAGUCGUUGCCCACCCGCACCACACCAGCAGCCAUUCUACGAGCCACGGUGAUGCCUACUCGCUGGGAGGAUCCUUCGGAGGCGGCGAUGCCGGCAGCUAUGGUGCCAGUUCCGGACACGGUAGUGGAUGGGGACGAGCCAUCGAUGCUCAGGACCUCGCCUAUCAAGCCCAGAAACCAUAA